AACUCAGAAGGCUCAAGACAAGGGGCUGCAAACCUCCCCUUGUGUUUUGGAACAAAGUUGAGACAAGUUGCCUAGGUUUAGGCUGAAUGGGAAAAGUUAAACAAAUCUGCUUGUAGAUACAGUUUAUACUCAAAACAUUUUUUUCUUUAUAUCUGGACAGCAAUGGAACGGGUCUUCCUCCGUCGGACAUCAGUUUGGAAGAAAGUCGUCUUUUGGUUGUUCUUGCUUUACAUAGCUGGAGCCAAAGGUGAGAUGCACCACUCCCACUCCACAAUAGUUGCUUCUGCGCCCCACCAGUACUACACCUGUUCUGAAGGUGCAACUGCUAAAAUGGUCUGCACCCAGAAAGGUACCUUGUUAAACCCCAGUGAUGCUGUGAAGAGCACUUGGCUUUUCACAUCCCACAGUGACCAGCACUGUGUACCAGGGAAAGGCCCACGGAAUUAUUCGCACCUCAACCACACCUUACCACCAGGAGUGCAGUUCAGACUAUCAGAGCACGACCACUGGUUGACUCUGCAGAACGUGAGAGCUUCAGACCAGGGUCGCUACUGCUGUGUGAUCCUAGAAGUACAGGUGGAUCAUAAACAUGGUCACAUUGUGCAGAAAUCCUACAACCACGUCAUUCUUCAUGUCAUACCACGGAGAAAUGGAACUCAGAAUUGUACCGUGUGGGAUCCCACACCAGCUGGAGGCUCUGUGCCAGUGGCCUUGGCUAUAACAGCCUGCAUCGUGGCUCUGCUCUCCCUGCCUCUUAUUCUGGUGCUCGUGUACAAACAGAGGGAGAAUUCCCCAUCAAGAAGACGUGGACAGGAGCUGGUGAGGAUGGACAGUGAGACUCAGGGCCACGAGAACCCGGUGUUUCUCGGUGGAUCGCCAGAGACAAAGACCCGUACUGUUUCUCAAAUCAUGACCAGGCAGUCCUCUGAGACAGGUCGCCACCUGUUGUCCGAACCGGGAACACCCUUUUCUCCUCCGGCUCAUGGGGACGUAUUUUUCCCAGCAGAAGACGCCAUCCCUGAGUCUCCGGAGUUCCUGCAGGUUUAAAGUGGAGCUAAACUUCACUCAUCACUCAAUCUACUUAUCUGGAAACAUCCCUGCGACUACCUUCCUCUUCUGCCUGCCUUCAGACCGAUGGCCAUCUCAGAAUAACCCAGGAAUUUUGAUCUGUGCAUUAUCUGGACCACAGGAGCGAAAUUUGUUUGAUUCAUAAACCUGCAACAGCUGCAGGCAAAAACUGAACUUUAGCUCGAGACCACUUGUGUUUUGGCUGGGUUUGCACUUCAUUUUACAUCCAAACACUGGCAGCCGCUUGCAAACCAUUAAUUAGCAUCAGGCACCUCGUUUAGACGAGGCACACUGCUUAUAAUAGUGUUGGGAUUUUUUUUUUUUUACCCUAAAGAGCUCACCUUGCAUGAUGUCGCUAUACUUUGUGUCGGUGUUGCGGUUUCUAUGUGCCCGUAAGCCGCCCAACCAAAGAUCUGUUUUCGUAAAUGUUUAGGGGGUAGCAUGUUGUGUAGGUUGAUUCAGACCCUAAAGAUUGUACAUUGUCUGAUUUCUGUGUACUUCCUGUGCAACUCUUGUGGUUUCUUUGUGCAGGUAAGGGGGCCAACCAAAGACCUAUGUUAUAGUAAAUGUCUCUGUAAGUUUGCUAACUUCUUUUUUUUAAACUCAACAACUGUGUAAAAUAAACUUUCCACCAGAAGUCCAUUCCAGUAAACUCUCAAUCAUCAGAGAAGUGCAAAUAUUUUUGUGCAAGUUUUUAGUAUUUAUGGCAUUAUAUUGUUCCUCUGUAUUAUUUCAGAUUGGCCAUGCCAUCUUUUCUGUUCCUUCUUUGCUACCUCAGUUAUGUGCCAGCUCUGCUGCUUUAAAUACCCUCCUUCCUUCCUGUACUUUCAGAAAUGCAGCACUUCACAGUGGCCUUAAAUAUUCUCAUAAAGUGCUAAAGAAUAAAAAAAAAAAGCUGCAGCAACAAAAUAAA